AUGGCAACCCAACUAGACAUGGAUUUCUCUGUCCCGAAUCCCCACCUGUACAAAGGCCCUUCUCACAGACUACCUCCAAAAUGGAGCAACGAUUGGAAAUAUUUCCCAUCUCGCAGGCGUCUAUUUCCCCUCGUCAAUGGCCGGAUUUUCGCGAGUGUCGACAUUGAAAUCCAUCACCAUAUCUUUGGGGAAAUCUAUGUCAUAAUGUACCACCGUAACUCGGACGAAACUGUCAUCAGGAUCGGUACCUGGUAUUUCAUGUACAACUUCGAAACGGAGGUUCUUUUAGAGUUCAUUGAUACAUAUCCAACGCUGGACGCUUUUUUGGAUUUGGCGAGGCAUUGGGGGACUCCGGCUUGUGAGACAUAUACUGAGCUGACCCCUUUUGUGGAAAGGGAAGAGGAUGCAAUGCCAGAGGAUUACGAUGACAUGGUUGGAUUAUGGAUCGAAGAGGUGAAGAAGGUCAGAGCUGCACAGGCCCUGAUGAAUUCCCGCCAAUUAUGUUAUCUAUAA